CGGAUCCUACACCCUUCCUCCCCUCCACUAAAGCCACGUGGCCUUUGCACAGCCCUAGGAUCCUGGGAGAAAGCAACAACUGGAGGAGGGAAGGGCAGAGCUGAAGGGACAGGCUUGGAUUUAUGUCUCCUGUCUCCUCUUACCCACUCAGCUGGCUCUUAAGUAUGUGGAGUUUUCCACACCAUGGGGCCCCCCCACUCAGUUUCCUCCAAAACCUCCACCCUUCCCCACCCUUUGUCUUCUUGCUUCCUCCUCUUCCUCCUCCUGUAGCCUCCUGAGGAGAGGGGGUGCCACUGGUGGGUGGAAGGAUACAGGCAUUUGGCAUGGAGUUGGCAGGGAUCUUUGAAGAGGUUAUAGAUGCAGUACACACCAGUUAUAGCCUCCAAGAUGGAAGGUGAGGACCCGGUCCCCACCCAGCCCGCUGUGCCCCACACCCGCCCCGUGCCAGGCUCAGCUUGGACCUGUCUUGCUUCACUGCAUACCUCUCAUUCCACAGCCAAGCCAGCCCCGCUGGGGGAUUGGGGAGGAGGCCCCGGAGCAGAGCACAGAGCAGCCUGACACACGAAGGAGGGGAAUGGGGCUUACACUUCAGCUCAGGGCUGUACUGUGUGACUGCCUGGGUAUAGGGUGAGCCCCUUGAGACUGAGCCCCAGCCACACUCGCCAGAAGAGAACCAGGGCUGUCCUGCUGUGGCCUUGGAGCAGAAAACGAGACCAUCCACACCAGGACAGGUACUCAGCUUUGGCUAGAAGUGGCAGCCCAGAGGUUUCUAAUCCAUCAUAAUUAAUAUAGUUUAGUGACAUUUCUGAUAAUGAGUCACUUAGAUUAGCCACAGGAUCACCUGGGUCUGAGAUUUAUCCCCCUUGGGGGACCCUUGGCCACAAAAUCAAGCUUGUUGCUGAGGGUCAAAGAUCCACCCACCAAAGGGGAAAGCUCGAGUUCAUGAACUUGAAGUUUAGAGGAAAGCAACUCCUAAUGGCUUCACCCUGGGUCUGCUGCACCAAAACCCAGGUUAGUCACCAAGUAUUGAGUAAUUCAUACACGUGGGGAGCUUUGAUCUCUGGUGAAAAUUCUUGUUAUAUCUUGUGAGGGGGGCAGCAGUAGUUUUAGUUCACAGAAGCAGAAAUGAACUCACGGCUCAAACUUCAUGCCCGUGUCAAUUUAGUGAACGAUGAGGUUUGGUGUGAAUCUAGGUUGGUUGGACUCCAGAGCCAUUGGUUUCCCCCACAGAUCCUUCUCUAAACUUAAUCUUCCUGGAAGACUCAAUGCUCCAAGCCCCAGGCCUUGGAGUUUCCUGAAUUGUUCUCACCAGUGCCUAGAGGCAGUGGCUCUGCUCCCUGGUUUCUUCCCCAGUGAAGGCCACAGCAGCGUACCUGUGGUUAUUCCCUCUGUUUGUCCCUCGUAUUCCAUGCUCUGGCCCCCGAUGAAAGCCGAGUCGGAGACACGCUUCCCCUUGGCUCCCGAUGCCUCCCGGGGGGGCCCCUCCUUGGCUGCAUCCGUUAGUCACUCCCUGGUGAGCCCCCCCCCCACCAGGGCGGGGAGCCCGGGGCAGCCCGGAGGCAGUGGACUUUUGGCCCGUUUCGUUUAUUCCCUACAUCUCAUCAACAUCUGCCGCCGGCUCUUGCCUCAUUUCUCUGACUGGCCUGCAGGGAAGCAGAAACCUAGAAAGACGGGAGGAAGGCAGAAACCUGGAGACGGACCUGAGGCUGAGGAAGAGGCCAGGGCUGCAGCUGGUCUUCCACCCUUCCCCUCUCUCUUCCCACCUCAGCCAAAGCCCUUCAAGGUCCCCUGGGGCGCAGCCCUUCUCCCUCCGGGGCCCCUGGUGCCCCUCAGGGCCUGCAUCCCACCAUGUCAGUGGCUGUGGAGACCUUUGGCUUCUUCCUGGCAGCUGUGGGGCUGCUGAUGCUGGGGGUGACCCUGCCACACAGCUACUGGAGAGUGUCCACUGUGCACGGGAAUGUCAUCACCACCAACACGAUCUUCGAGAACCUCUGGCACAGCUGCGCAACUGACUCCCUGGGAGUCUACAACUGCUGGGAGUUCCCGUCCAUGCUGGCCCUCUCCGGAUACAUCCAGGCCUGCCGGGCACUCAUGAUCACCGCCAUCCUCCUGGGCUUCCUGGGCCUGUUCUUGGGCAUGGCAGGGCUGCGCUGCACAAACAUUGGGGGCAUCGUGCUCUCCAGGAAGGCCAAGCUGGCGGCCACUGCAGGAGCCCUACACAUACUGGCUGGUUGCUGCGGGAUGGUGGCCAUCUCUUGGUAUGCCUCCAACAUCACCCAGGACUUCUUCAACCCCUUAUACUCCGGAACCAAGUAUGAGCUGGGCCCUGCGCUCUACCUGGGCUGGAGUGCCUCCCUUUUGGCCAUACUGGGCGGUGUCUGUCUCUGCUCCAACUGCUGCAAGGCUCGGGAGGAGGACCCCGCUGCCAGCACCCGGCUCUCCUACAAGGCCUCCGCAGUGCGGUCUGCUGCCCUUGCUGCCCACCUGCCCCCAGCAGCCUCGGACGGAGACAACAGCUUUGACAAAUACGGGAAAAACGCUUACGUGUAGAAGCCAUGGCCUGUAGGCCCUACUCCCCUUUCACUGCCCCCCAGUGGAAAGGGAUUCCUCGAACCCAGGGCAGCAGGUGCCGACUGCUGCCUGCAGUUACCACCUCAGGGCCAAGCCACGCCUGGGGCUCCACUUUGGGCCUGGAAGCCACACCCUGCUCAGGCCCCGCCUCCUCAGCCGGAGCUCCUCCCUGGCGAUGCUUCCCUGCUCUGGCCUAGAACCCGCCUCCUGAGGACUCACUUCGGACUCCUGAGACUGGACUCAAACCCUCUUUAUCUUCUGAGUCUGGGGUCUGGGCGGCUAGGCAUGUGGGGACGACCCCGAGCGGUUGCAUUUCAUAUAAAUACAUGCAUAAAUAAAUUUGUAUUGUGAACUGUUCAGGGGCUGAGAGUGUCAUGAAGAAGUUGGUCAAGCAAGGGGUGACUGGGGAGGCACCGAGAGUCAUCUCGGCUCUUGGACACCAGACUGUCACCUGUGCCCCCUCCAUCACCUUUGGACUGUCUUAUCCAGCAAAACAGAGGCAGGGUUGCAAGUGAUUUCAAAAGUGUGGCACUCUUAUAAUUACUGAUAAGAGUCAUCAAGGAGCAGCCUGGGAGACCCAGCUGGAGGAAACUGGCCAGCUUGAGAUAACAAGUCAUUCCUUUUACUCUCGACCUUUCUUCACAGCUGUGCAAGGACACAGGUGGUCUAGAGCAGUUUCUUUGCCUGGGCCUGACAGUGGGUGUCAGAAAUUGACCAGUCCUAUGAAAUUGUGUCAAAUCAAGGGUCCCGUGCAGGCACAUUUUUCUGGGGAAGGUUCAUUAACUUCCAGAAAAGGCUCUGAAGGUCCAUUCACAGAGGCGUGUCUGUUAGUGGCAUGUGUAUGACGUCAUGAUGUCCAGCUCAGACACAGCACUGGAUCACGAACAGGGUUGGCACAGGGAACUGGGCAGACCUGGUACUCACUUUAGACUAAAAUGAGGCCACGAGAAAGAUGCCUGGCAUCUAGUGGAAGGAGGUGAUAAGACCUUACGCUGGUACCUUCCCCUGCAGCACUGGCUAGGGUCACUAGUCACUUGGGGGUGGCCUGGGUUCUGACCUCGGCCCCUUCUCCUUCCCCAUUCAUCCAUCUGCCCCUGGGAUGUAAAGACACUCACAUCCAAAUUCUAACUGGGCUCUCUCUGGGGUUCAGAUGUAUGAGCACCCACUGGGUCGUUUCACAGGCUGGGCAAAUUUGUUCCUUUCCCCCACACCCACAGCUCCUGUCAUCGCCAGCCUCUCGGUCAACAGACUGACAACUUCAAUCAUCUCUGACUUCUCUCUUCACUUCCCCUCCGCCACUCCCUCCCCUCAGCUGGCUGCCAAAUCCUCAGUUCUCCCUCCAGUUUUCACAUCCUCCUUCUUUCCUUCCACUGCCUGAUGCUGGGUCAGGCCUUCACCCUCCCUUGCCCAGACUCGUCACAGGGUUUCCCUAAUUGAGCUUCUAGCCCAUGUUUCUCUACCGGAGCAUCAUUCAUUGUCCUGCCCUGGCAGCCCCCUGGUGGCUUGUGGGG